CCUAGCCCCAGGGUUCUUGUUCUGACUGAGACAGUGCAGCUUAGAUCUUCUCGUCAUUUUUGCUGUUGGUUCAUGUAUCGGACUUUCCAAAGGUCUCCUUGUCCGUAUGUUUUCGAUCAUCUCUAGCGCUCUCUCCCUGUUCGUUCAAUCGGCCGACGUCAACGAUGAUCCACCGGCUACCCUAACGGGCCCGGACCGCAUCACCAUGGCAUACACAGUCCUCCUUCGCUUCCUCCCGCCGGAACUCGUUCUCAUCGUGGUCGAACUCAGCGAUCUGACCCACGUGGAGGACAUACGAGCAGAGCGACUUGUAGCUGCAGCAUCGCACGCUCCGCAAAACGAUGCGCACCACGUCUAUCUUGUGUCGAAACCUAUUCUGCGUGGAUACGGGCCAGCGGAUGAGGUUAUAGCUGAGGGUGGGAUUCCGCUGCGAAUCAAAAGCGUUGAGUAUGACAUCAAGAGUCGGGACCAGGGAUGGUGUAGCGAUGCUAGUCUUCAAGGCACAUACCGCGGCUCUAGCUGGUUCGAAGCUGCCAUCCUGCGCCUUCCGGAUGGCCACCGACCCGUAUCUCACAAGAACUACGAACCCGACUUUGAGGUCCCAGUAACCAACGACGAAAAUGCGACCCGUUGGCUGUUGCAAAAGAACUUUUGCGGCUCCAGCGACAUUCGAGAACACUCUAUCAUUUGGAGCUCGGCAGAAUCGCCCGCGGAAUCCCCAUGGCUUGAGACAGGUGCUGGUGAUGGCGAUGGUUUCGUGCAGAAACUGAGACAUGGGGACUGCAUUGCCGUCCUUGCGAGAGCGCGGUACCCUGGCUGGGUCAACCAUGUCGAAAGCGUCAAAAUCACAGUCACGUAUGCCGUGGCAUGAGGGCAUGCAAUUCAUGGUGCGUGAUAAGAGGAAGGACGCUCUGCCACAGUGUGGAAAGCAUUGGCAACAGCCAAGACUACUGUCUGCUUCUCAUGACCGAUGUGAGCUCUCAUGUAGCCUUUACAUAUCCGAGUCAUGCUUGCAAUCAUGGACCCGCUUCCUUAAAGUCGACCGUAUCUCCGGAGACCUGCACGCCCAAUGGAGCAGUGGUAUUAGCAUCCCAAACAUAGACAGUGAAGAAAGUCCAUGCUUUGCGGGUCAGAUGGCUGCCGUGCUCUUUCCAGUCCGAUGAGGAAGUUCGACAUCAUCAAACGAAUCCUUCGCAGUCUCAGUGCACGAUCCAGAUCCAGUGCUGAGAUGUCUGACGCGUGGAUUGUGAUAUGAAUGGGGAAAAGAUGGUCGACAAGAGCAGGGAAUCAAUCGUUGGAGGAGCACGUCCGAUGGCGAGUGGCCGCGAAGAAUUCAAAGAAGAGUUAGAUGCUGCAUGCAAAGAUUCGCCUCCAAAACUCUUUUUGAUGCAGACGUCCAUUCUUUCCGUGAAUUUCAUCUCAGUCGAGGAUUUCAUCGCAGACGACUCCUCCGACAGUCGUCGCGCAGACUACUUAUUCCCUCAGAAGGAUGCAUCUUGGCUCACACAUUGCCUAGACCGCGUCGCUCGCACAUUAUGAAUCCCGCGGGACAGAUAGUGGAGGCGCUCAAGAGGUAUUCUCAGCUUGCUUCGGUCUUCACCUGAAACCAUCGAUGGACACUCUCAACCUUGUCAGCCGAGAACGGAGGGUAUACUAGAAGAGACAUGAGCAACAGCAG